UUUUUAAGUUCCAAAUCUGCCUUUCAAUCACUUUCUCACGCUUUUUACAAAGAGAAAAAAUAGGGGAGUGAGAGAGAGAGCUUUGAUCUUUGCUUUGCUUGAGUUUGGCAAUGGCGACAAUGGAGAAGCACAAAUGCAAACUCUGUACUCGAACGUUCUCUAAUGGCAGAGCUUUAGGGGGUCACAUGAAAGGUCACUUAUCAAACCAUCCACUGUCCCCCAAAACAACUCCUCACCAACUCAGUAACCGUACCGACUCAGCUUCUUCAUCAUCAGGCGAAGAGCAAGAGAAAAGCAAGGAAACAGUGCUCCAACACAAGUCUUUGGGUUAUGGGUUAAGAGAGAAUCCCAAGAAGAGUUUGAGGUUUGCAGAUCCUGAAUUCUCAUUUGCACCUGAUUCUGGGUCUGUUGUUCAAGACAGAGAGAGCGAGACCGAGUCAAGAAACCCGACACGGAGACGAUCCAAGAGAAAAUCCAAGGUGGGUACUGCUAACAAUGCAACACCCGACGAAAUCAAGAAACCGAAGCUGUCGAUUUCACCCAGUUUGAUCGACUCACCACCCACCGAACCGGAACCGGUGAGUUCAGUUUCCGAUACUUCCCCCGAAGAAGACGUUGCUAUGUGCCUUAUGUUGCUGUCUAGAGAUGCUUGGAGUAGGAAGAAUGUGGAACGGAAAUCACAAAAAUCGUUGGUAGACAUCGAGUUGAGCAACAAGAAAAGUGAGUUAAGCAAGAAGAAGAAGCAUCGAUGUGGGAGAUGCAACAAGGCAUUCGGAUCUUAUGAUACAUUGGAUGAGCACAAAAGGGUUUGCUCUGAAACUAAAAAAACCGCCGCCGUCGCCGUCGUAAUCGGCAGUGACAGCAAGAGAUUCGAGUGCCCAUUUUGUUACAGAGUAUUCGGGUCGGGACAAGCACUUGGCGGUCACAAGAGAUCUCAUUUGAUUGCUUCAGCUUCUUCAUCAAACAACUCUGCUGCUGCUGCUGAAAAUUAUAGUAAAUUUGACAACAAUUUGAUAGAUCUAAACUUACCUGCUCCGCCGGAAGAUGACGAGUUUAGCGUGGUAUCAGAUGCAUAAAAAUUGUUUCUAAUACUAUUUGUUUCAUUCAUGGAUGAAUCAUGAAUGCUUUCUUUUGGCUGCUGCUGACCCAAAAUUCAUUUCUUGAAUUCUCCUGCAAAUUGUUUCUUCUUUUACAUCUAAAGGAAAACU